AAACUGGGGGAGGGGUGAGGAUGGAGGGAGACUGGGCCGGGAGGCUGUGUCGGACCGGGCCGGCUCGCCUCCUCCGGGCCGAACCGAAGGGAAGACCGCGGUGGGGACAGUGCUGUUUCUUCCGCCCCGCCCCCUGGGACCACCUCCACUCCCCCCUGCUGUCCGGUGGCGGCUGUCUAACCCGGGGCUGGUAGUUGGGCUUCCUGAGGCCGUCCCUUCAGGCGUCUGUCUCCUGACCCACGGAGAAGCCAUCUCCUUGCGGUCACGGCAGGCCCUUCUCAGCGCCCAGCUCUACUUUCCCAAAGAGAAAAAGGCCGGUUGGGAUUCCGUGAGUUUCCCGCCAGAGCAGGGUCCUUUGGAGGGAGAGCUCGGUUCGCCAAGGAAGUUGAGCUUUCAAUCCCACCUGCUUCACCUCUUGUCUUCCUUGAGACCUGAGUGAUACUUCUUGGCUACUUCUGUGCCCCACGUCCACAAACCUCCAACUCUUUUACCCUGUGCUAUUUCCCUGAGAUGUGAUAUCGCUGGUGCCACCACCAGAGAGAAACGUCUGGACCCUUCUGCACAGGUUAUGAAAACCCCCUUAACUGCCACAGUUUUCUUACCUGGCUCAUCGCCUCUUGGUAAUUGCCUUGAACCUUUUCUUCGUGUACCCUAACGUGAUCUUUCUGGAUAUGUGCUGGGUUUCCCUUGUCCUAAGCUUGGUGAUUUCUGUUUUAUCAGUACCUCUACAGUUUUUCUGUUAUCUUGUUGGCAAUAACUCUCUCUUUUAUCACGUUUAAGUCACACUUGUUAAAAUUAUUUCGUUCAUGUGGCGUACUUGCUGUGUUUGGAGUGGUGGUGAUUCUUGUAAAAAUUUGUAUAGUCCUUUUAUAGGCUAUCAACUAUUUGACUUAGGGGUUUUCGCUGUAAUCGGAAAUUCUGGAUGAAGUGGACAUGUAUAGAUAUUCCUCAUAGAGAUAAUUUGUAUUCAGGACUCUCAGUGACAUGUGGAUUACUGCCUUUGAGGUUACAGUGACACCUUAGUAAAUGACUUUAACCUUGCCAUUAAAUUACCUGUCCCUCAGUCCCUUUUAAAGAGCUUCAUUCAUUUUUCCUGGUUUCAGUUAAUUAUCUGAACUGGUGAAUAUCUUCUCGUACAUCUGAUGAAUUAAAUCUAGAGAGGGAAUGAAUGAGUGUACAGACAGGCUCUGCCACUUGUGGCUAGGUGAUGUAAUUUUUAAUUUUUAUUCUUCCCCCGACUGCUCUUGCUCCUACCAGUUGUACCAGUUUUGCUAGAUCUGUGAAUAGAUCUGGCUUGCUCUUCUAGCCCAAGAACUUAUAAAAGGCAAAGCCUAGGUCUGCUUAUUUUUGUAUCCCACUUAUUAUGUAUAUACACUUAGUAUAAUAAAUGUAUGCAUGAAGGAAGUUAAAUACUGUUUGAAGCUAUAGCAUGUUAAGGUGCUAAAGGGGGAAGAGUUCACAUAUGAAAGUACUGUGGUGGGCGGCCUGAACGAUGAUGAUGUAGUAUAAACUAUAACAUAUGCAGAAUUGUUUUCCAGAACUCAGAGUAGGGUUAUUACAUGAUCAUUUCCAUAUGGUGGUUCUGACUAUUCAGUUCUAUAGACUGACUUCAUAUAGUAACUUCAUCAUUGUUCUAAACAUUAAUUUUUGUAAUCAUCUCUUCCAAAGUGUAUAGACAUACAGAUGAUUUACCACUUUAGAUUUUGUUGCAGUCAGGACUUCAUCUUUUCUCCCCCAGAUUUCCCCUUCACUUGUGUUCAGCUACUAACUUGAUUCACAUUAGUGUCUAGAUGCUUAUUAAUAUUCCUUCUGUAAAUUAAGUUAACACUGUGUACUAGGGAUGAAUUAUUAGAAUGAUUUUUUUUUUUUUUCUCUGUGUAACCUUGGCUGUCCUGGAACUCACUCUGUAGACCAGGCUAGCCUUGAACUCACAAGAAAUCUUCCUUGCCUCUGCCACUCAAGUCCUGGGACCAAAGGUGUGUGACACCAUCUCUACCCAGCAAGAAAGAAAUUCUUUCUUUUUUCUUUUUGAGACAGGGUUCUCUGUGUAACAGUCCUAGCUGUUCUGGACUCACUUUGUAAACCAAACCAAGCUGGUUUUGAACUUACAGGGAUCUGCCUGUUACUGCCUCUUGAAUGCUGGACUUAAAGGUGUGCACCAUUAUGUCCUUUGAAAUAUUUUCUUAAAAGAAAAAAAAAAUGUCAUCCUUGCUAGAAUUUGAUGGCAUCUAAGGACUUCGUAUAGAAUCUUGAUUUGUUGUCUUUGAUGUUGUGGUUUGUUUUUUAAGUCUCUUCUUGCAUCAUUGCUAAAGAAGGUUCUAGACACAUACCAAAGAAGCAGGAUAUAUUGGUAUUAAGGUAUAAAUAUGGAGCUUUAAUCAUCUAAAAAUGUAUGAGCUAGGGUAGAUAACCCAAAGCUAGUUGGAGGUUAUUUUUCAGUGGCCUGGGUGAAUCUUUGGACAAGGGUGUUCGAGGGAUGUGAAGCUGUGUUUGGGAGGUGCACUUCCUGAGAGAUUCUUGGGUCCUUCCUUUUUACCCAUCUGUGUGAUUUUAUGCAAGUCAUUUAACUUUGUGAAUUAACUGAAUUUCUAGCUUGUUUUCCCCUUUCACAUCUCUAAAAUGAAAAAGAAAUUAAGUGGGAUUAUUCUACUGGAUACUGAAUUUUUUUUUUUUUUUUGAGAGAAAGAUACUUGCUAUAUAAUCCAGAGUGGCCUCAAACUCAGAAUAUUUCUACCUCCCAGGUUGUAUUAGACUUUUAAGUUGGCAUUUUUCUUUUUUAAAAAGGUGGGCUAAUAACAAUUAGAAAGUGAUUUUGGUUGCUAGGAUAUUUUUUCCCCCACCGUAAUCUGGACCCUAAAGAAUUCUACGCUAGGGCAGGAGGAGUAGCUCAGUGGUUAAGAGCUGUGACAUCUCUUCCAGAGGACCCAGGUUCAGCUCCCUCCAUCCACAUCUCACAGCCAUCUGUAGCUCCAGUUCCAGGGGAUCUGAUGCUCUCUUUUGAGCUCUACAAACACUGGGCAUUCACAUGGUGCACAGAUACACAUUCAGGCAAAAUACACAUGAAGUAAAAUAAAGAAAUAUUGAAAAAAAUAAAGAAUUCUACCCUAUUGAAGAAAGGGAAAGAAGAGCCUAGAGAAAUUCUAGAGAGAAGCCAGUUGCCAAAUUAGCAUUUAGAAAUGUAUUUGAAACCUAAACCCUUUGUGGGUCUUUCCUGGCAGCCUGAAUGCUCUGCUCACUCAAGCAGCAUUCCUUCUGGUGUACUCUGUUACUGUGCCAAUUGAGAAUGCCUGUUGACAUCACAUAGUUUCCUGAAUACUUUGAGGACUCAAGAUGGCUGUGGAUUUGAUAAUCAAGUAUGCAGUCUCCUUAAACUAUGGCGCUAAAGCAGUUAUUUUCCAAGCAGUUAGGGUUUUAACAACCCCCAACCCUUUUCUGGGGAAAUAUACUCUCUGUAAUUUCACUUUCUCCAGUUUUGGUUGCAGUCAGCUAUAAUUAGAAGAUAAAUGGAAAGUUCUAUAUUUUGAGACAGAUGACAGUCUUACGAAUACACGCACACAGGUGUGUCUCACUAUGUAGCUGUAGGUGGCAUAGAACUCACUAUGUAGAUCAGGCUGGCCUCCAACUCACAACAAUCUAUCUACUUCUGCCUCCCAAAUCAUUCUGUUUUUAUUACUGUUGUUAAUCUCUUGUUCUAAUUCAUGAGUUAGACUUUCUUAGAUAUAUAUGUACAGGAAAUGUGUGUGUCAAUAUAAUCCAGUACCACAUGUUUCAGACAUACUGGAAGCCUUGGAACAUAUCUCCUGUGUGAGGGGGACUUAUAUAUAGAUUAAAGGAGCUUUGGUUUAAGCAGGUUUGGUUUGGUUUGGUUCAGUUGCUUGGUUUGGCACUAAGGAUUGCGUAAAGGACCUUGUACAUACUAUGCCAAGAUUUUCCAACCCCCUUUUCAGCAGUUUGGUGGAUAAUGGUGGGGAGUAUGGGGUGCCUUGUACAACUGAAAGUAUUCUUUGAUUGUAUUUAAUAAAUUUUGUAGAGGAAUUUUAAUCCAGCAACAUGUCUGCUCUGGCAAGGGAUCACAUCCAAAGACCUAGGUCGGUCUGAUCUGGCUGGAAUCCAGGCAUACCCUUAAUAUACACAUUUAAUCCCUCUUACUGGAAUACAGACAUGCCUUUAGUGCACACUUUUAAUCCCAAACAAUAACAUAAUUGAGGGACAGACAAAGUUACAAAUCAGAGAAAGAUUUGACAGAAUGUAUCAGUGAUAGGAUAGCUUAACUCUCAUGAGAACAAACAGGAAGGAGAAGCUACUUAAGAGCAGUGCAGACAGAAAGAACAUGUUUCAUGGAGACAAUACAGUAGAGUUGAGGAGUACAGUACAGUUUGGUGUAGCUGAGUUUGUGGAAUUCAGAGGCAGUUUUCAUAUGUCUGUUCUGGCUCCCAAAUAAUGGCAUGGAGACUUAUUACAUUUAUUAAUAAGCUUUAAGCACUAUAGCUGGGCAGAUACUGACCUAUUCCAACCUGUCUGUGUUGCCCUGACCUGCUUCCCAGCCAUGUGCCCCAUUACCUGCCAUCUUAGUCUUAUCCUGGGUGCUCCUGUUCCGUCUUUUUCUUCAUAGCCUCCUUCCCAUGCUGAUCUUCCCCCUCUCUCCCACCUUCUACCUGAGACCCUCCGCAUGGGAUCGCAAGUCCUGCCUCAACUCUCCUGCCCAGUUAUCAGCUGUUCAGCUCUUUAUUAACCAAUCAGAGGUGAUGGAGAACACUUUUUUUUCCUCCAAGACAGGGUUUCUCUGUGUACUGCGUAGCCUUGGCCUGGACUUACUUUGUAGACCAGGUUGGCCUUGAACUCACAGAGAUUCCCCUUGCCUCUGCUUUCCCAAGUGGUGGCAUUGCAGGCAUAUACCACCACCAUGGCUGCCUUGCGUGGAAAGCAUUUUUUUACACAACGUAAAGCAGAAGAUGCUUCAGUAAUGACAGUGCUCUGUUCGACUGCAACCAGGCCUCUGGGCACAGAGAUCAGCAUCUGAGCACAGAGCACAAACCAUCCCCCAACAGAGCAAGUCAGUGAGAAAUGGAGAGAAGCCAGCUUGAAUCAUCGGCUUCAAGAGGAGUUCUGAACCAGAACAACUGAGUUUAACCAGCCAGCCAGAGUUCAGAAAGAACUAGAAAGGGAUUUUGUAUCUUUGCUAAAGCCAGUGAUGUGUCUUCUUUUAUAGGAUUUUGUAUCUUUGCUAAAGCCAGUGAUGUGAAAAGACCUGAAAUGGAUGACACUGCUGAUGGGGUGAAGAUGGAUGCUGGAGAAGUGACCUUAGUGAACCACAACUCCACUUUCAAAACCCACCUCCUGCCACAGGCAGGUUUUCCGAAGAACCAGCUUUCUGAACAGCAGAUCUUGCCCUUCAGGCAGGGGACUUCAGACAGACCUUUCACGUGUUCUACAAGAAGUGCAGCUUAUAAUCCAGAUUAUUACUCAGAUAACCCUUCCUCAGACAGUUUCCUUGGCUCAGGUGACCUAAGAUCCUUUGGUCAAAGUGCAAAUGGACAGUGGAGAAAUUCCACUCCAGCGUCAGUGUCAACGUUACAAAAACCAAGAAAUAGCCGAAGUCUUUACUUUGAAACCCGAAAGACCUCAAGUGGAUUACCAAACAGCUUUGCAGGAAAGUCAAACCAUCACUGCCAUGUGUCUGCAUAUGAAAAGUCAUUUCCCAUUAAGCCUGCCCCAAGUCCGUCCUGGAGUGGCUCAUGCCGGCGAAGUCUGUUAAGCCCUAAGAAAAUUCAGAGGCGACAUUUCAGCACAGCAGAAGAGACAGUUCAAGAAGAAGAAAAAGAGAUCUACAGACAGUUGCUGCAGAUGGUCACAGGGAAACAGUUCUCUGUAGCCAAGCCCACCACACAUUUUCCCUUACACCUGUCUCGGUGUCUUAGUUCCAAUAAGGACUCUUUAAAAGACUCGCUGUUGAGAAAUGGAAGCUCUUGUGCCUCUCAUGUCAUUGGCUCUGAUACUUCAUCCUCUGGAUCUGUCAGCAUUUUACCUGCACAGGAGCAUUUGUCCCACACUGCACAUUCCCUGUCACCUGGUACCCCAGAUGUUUCGUUUGCAUCCAAAGACUCUGAUUCUCACCAUCACCUCUCUGCUUCUCAUCAGCCAGAUAAUGUACCAGCAUCAACUACACAAUCUGAAGGAUCAGACUCUGUGAUUUUACUCAAAGUAAAAGAACCUCAGAUUCCACCUUCCAGCCCUAUUUUCUUCCAGGCAGAGCUGUGGAUCAAAGAAUUAACUAGUGUUUAUGAUUCUCGAGCUCGGGAAAGAUUGCGCCAGAUUGAAGAACAGAAGGCACUGGCCCUGCGGCUUCAAAACCAGAGACUGCAGGAACAGGAGCAUGCGGUACUUGAUUCUGUAGAACUGCACCUUCGUGUACCUCUUGAAAAGGAGAUUCCUGUAACAGCUGUCCAAGAAACCAGGAAAAAAAGUCAUGAAAUAACUGAUAGUGAAAAUGAAUUUCCUGAAAUUACAGAGGAAAUGGAGAAAGAAAUAAAGAAUGUUUUCCGUAAUGGUAACCAAGAUGAAGUCCUCAGCGAAGCGUUCCGCCUGACCAUUACACGCAAAGAUAUUCAAACUCUAAACCAUCUGAAUUGGCUCAAUGAUGAGAUCAUCAAUUUCUACAUGAAUAUGCUAAUGGAACGCAGUAAAGAGAAGGGAUUUCCAAGUGUACAUGCAUUUAAUACCUUUUUCUUCACUAAGUUAAAAACGGCUGGUUAUCAGGCGGUAAAACGGUGGACAAAGAAAGUGGAUAUAUUUUCUGUUGACAUUCUUCUGGUGCCCAUUCACUUGGGUGUACACUGGUGUCUAGCUGUUGUAGACUUCAGAAAGAAGAGCAUCACCUACUACGAUUCUAUGGGCGGAAUUAACAAUGAAGCCUGCAGGAUCCUCUUGCAAUACCUAAAGCAAGAAAGUGUCGACAAGAAAAGGAAAGAGUUUGACACCAAUGGCUGGCAGCUCUUCAGCAAGAAAAGCCAGGAAAUUCCACAGCAGAUGAAUGGAAGUGACUGUGGGAUGUUUGCUUGCAAAUAUGCUGACUGUAUUACCAAAGACAGACCAAUCAACUUCACACAGCAACACAUGCCGUAUUUCCGGAAGCGAAUGGUCUGGGAGAUCCUCCACCGGAAGCUGUUGUGAAGACUGUCUCAGUGAGCAGACAUCAGCAGUGUCGGAGACCAGCGCUUUGCCAUCGACAUCCAGAGACCUUGGAAACAGCUGCUCCUAACCCCCUGUUCCUGUACAGCCCUUGGUCCUGGACCAGACCAGGCGAGAUGCAUUCACAAGCACAUCUGCCUUUCCUUUUGUAUCUCAGAUACUAUUUUUGCAAAGAAACUUUGGUGCUGUGAAAGGGGUGAGGGACAUCCCUACGCUGAAGAAAGAGAGUGCUUUUCACUUCAGUUCUGCCAUCUUGUUUUCAAAGGGCUCCAGCCUCACUGAGUCCCUAACUAGGAGCCCAAGGGAAACUCGGAAGAAUCUUGGUUUCAUAUAAACUCUUGUUGCUAGGCCUUACUGAGAAGUAGGAAAAAGAAAGGACAGCAGGAAGGGAUAAAAACCACCAGCAAGUAGACAAACACAUGAUUCCCAAGAUGCAGACUGGACACUGAGGCACAAGCUUGUGUCCCCUCCUCCAGAACCUUCCUGUUUAUGUGCCCCGGUUUGAAAAUGAACUGCUUUUCCUCAGAGCUGUUUUCUCACUGGUACAGUCAUCCCAUCCUGAACGCACUGCACAAGCCCUGGCAGACCCUAAAGUUGAAAGCAGUCCUUUGUGCCAGUGUGCACGUGCUGUGGGAGGACCCACCCGCAAGUGCUGAACGCAGCAACAAGGCCCCAGCUUCACUGUUGCCUGCUUCUGACUAAGAAGAAAGACCUUGGCCUUUAGCAUCAAACACCAGAGUUGGAUGAAUACAGAUCUAGUUGGUCUGUGGCUAGUUAGUUUAAAUAUGUUUCUAACCACAGAGAAUUUUAUAUACAUAUAUAUCUAUAUGUGUGUAUACAUACAUAGUACACACACACAAUGUGAAAUAUAUAUUUCACAGGGAUAUGCUUUUAAAAGAGAAAGAGACUGAAUGUGUUCACCAUUUAGUCUGCAGGUUUAUUUUCAUCUUUCAAAUCCCAGCACACAGUGAUCCCAAUAAGCCCUGUGUACUGGGCAUCUGUAGACUUCCUAAGAAUAUUUUGAGACCUGGAUGAAUCUGGUUUAGGAGUAAAGGUUAUCAAGGGAAAUGAUGGUGUCAGCUGAAAAAUGGGUGGAGCUUGGACUGAUCAACUUUAGACUGAUAAACUGCUAGUUCUUUUGUUCUUUCUAGCAUCUCUCCCACCCUCCCAGAGCUCCUAAGGUUUAGAUGGUGAGAUGACCCAAUGCCAGUGUCAUUUUGUACUUAAGUUCCAAGGCAGGAACAUUUUAUACUUUUUCUGUAUUGUAAUAGGUAGUUUUAUAUAAAAUCUUUUCUCUUCUUCCCUCUUCCCCUUGUACCCCAUCCCUUCCAGCAUUGUGCUUUCUCCUUGGGCUUAUUUGAAAAUUUUACUCUGUUUUAUACCAGGCUUGUUUAGUAUACAUUUUUCUAUGUUUUACCACAAGUUACAAUUUGAAAACAACUAUUUUUUUUAAUAUUCCAUUGUUAAACUGAAUGUGACCGUGUCCACUCCAGCAACCAUGUCCUCCCUCUUCCCUUUCUCCCUGCAUGUUGGAGGAUGAGACCCCUUUGUACAUUUGUUUCUUUCUUGCUGCUUCUCCUCUUUCCUCGCUUUUUCUUUUGAUUUUCCAUAGGAAAUAAAUAGCUUUCUCUCUAUGAGUUGCUGGGAACUUUUACACUCUCCUUUAGAAAACUGUGGCAUGCAGACUCACAGUAGGACUCCUAGAAUAUCAUCCGAUUCUUGGUACUUACUAUAUUUAAGUGACAGCUUACACUGCGGCAGUUUAGGCUGUUAAUCUAAAGACAUGCUUUAGCUUUUCAGGCUUUUUUUUUUUUUUUUUUUUUUUUUCCACUAUUAUCUGGGGCUCACCACAAGAUAGUUUUCUGUGUUUAUUGUUUGUUCCUUUACACAGUAUCUGUUUUAUUUUUCUCAGAGACUUUUUGUAUGGACCAAAGCAACUAAUAUUUAUUGUCAUGUAUAGCAGAAUAUGAGACAUGCAACAAAAGCACUUUGCAAAUUAAAUAUAGAAUUAUUGAGCUGUCUGAAGCUGGCUCCCUUCUCCAGUGCAGUUUAAAUGUUUCAGGUAAAAGCUAGUGAUCCUAAGGCUACUGUGUCUCCCUAGAGGGUCAGGCUGUGGCAGGAUAGCUUAAUGGGAACCAAAUGCAGACUUUAUAGUAGGCCAUUCCUAGAGAGCCGGCCAGCAGGAGCAGGACAAGUAUCUGGAAACUUCCUUAAUUCAAGAGUGAGCUUUGAUGACCAAGACUGAGGAUGUUUCUGUAUUUCAUGGACAAGAGUAUGCUACCGGUGUCUUGUUCAAGUUGUUUUAAACGAAAUACGCCUAUUUUUUUCCUUCUUUGUCUCUUUUUUUCUGUGUUCAAUACCCAUCUCCCCUCCCUUACAAAAGAAAUAUUUGAAGGAUGAUAAGCAUUACAUGGCAGUUAUAUACUCCUCAACAAAAACCCAUAAUCCCAGCAGUCAUCCCUGGACUGUGUGCAGAGAAAAGAAGACUGUUUCUGCCUUUUGAGAACAUGUGCUGUGGUGUGUGGAAGCUAAUCCGGUCGAUCACUUGAGACUCACUGUGGCUCCCAGGAGUCCUGUGUUGGGUUCGGUGUAGUUACUUUCCAUCAUAAGGCCUAGCAACUUGCUGUCAGUUCAGUCUCCUAUGGGUGACAAGCACGUCCUUCUAUUCUUAGCCAGUGUAGUCAUAGUAGUCUCUCCUGCUCACUGCCCUCAGCACUGCUGGCUUUAGUGUUUAAUGGUUCAAGGGCACAGCAGAUAACCUGGCACCCAUCCAUCUCACAGCCUGCCCAUCAUCACCACCCACUUUCACACAGCCCAUGCUACGAUCGAUCACUAGAUUAAGAAGGAGAGGGUUCAUUAAAGAGCUCCUUUGUUUUUAAAUCUUAACCUCCCAUCUUUCAAAAAACAUCAGAGUGAAAAGUGACUAACACUUGAUUGCUUCAUUUUGUUUUUCCUUGCUCUGUCUGCAUGGCCAGUUGCCAGGUGUAGUAAGAUACUUAAAGUUGAAGGUCAGUAUCAACACGGGCUUGGUGGCAGCAUCAAGGCUACACGAGAACCUUGCUGCAUCCAGCGUACCUAGGUGCAGGCCUUGUUCCUUCUGAGCUGAGGAACAGCCAUCCAUUAUUUGACUGCUAAGGACGGCCUUAUCCGUGAGGGCCAGCUGCUCGGUAAGGCAAAUGGGAGAGAGGCGCCCAAGAGCGCGGGCUCCGUUCUGCCCGGGCGCCCUCAUUCAGUACAGUCUUCUUAAGUGUGGACGCCCAGGUCUGCUUUAAAGCCCUCCCCGGCCUCACUAUCUGAAACGCUUGUCGGACUUGUGUAGUCCUAAUAAGGGAAUGGCCUAACUUACCCCUGCUGGUCUUGUCAUCUGCCUUUCUCAGCGGGGCGGGCCAGAGCAUGCAACCAACUGCCAAGGCCAGGAGAAUGGAUUGGUAGUUUGCUCUAGCCAGGAGCGCAGGCUUCUGUGCUCUAUUCUGUCAAGGAUGCACUGGGGCUCAUUCUCUGGAACUUUUCUUUAGAAUACUAGUGUUGUGAGGGUGUGAGGAAGGGUUGGCUCCUCAUCGUAACUUCCAAAUGCUGUAGCCCCAGAGCGUUCCCUCUGCUCUCCAACAGUGCUGCGCUCGGCCUUCAACAAAAGCACUUCAUUAGUUCAGCAUGCUGCCCUCUGGGGUUCUCGGGCUCUACCCCACAAGGCUCAUCAGAGCAUCUUCUUAACCCUGUAGGUAGGUUCCUCUUCCAUCCUGUGUAUUGACAAGGAUACCCCUUGCAUAUUCAGACGAUGGGUCCCUUUCUCUUUGUCUUGCCCUCUAAAGGCACUUGCCUUACCUGAAACUCACUGGGUAUUUUAUAAGUGUGAGGCCAAGCACUGAACUUAGGGGUCCUGGCGGGUGAGAAAAGAUAGUUUCACAAAGGAAAUAAAAGCCACCUUGUCCUCAGGGUCUUCGAGUCUGUAAGUUUAUAGUUUGCCUGAUCCAGGAGGCUAAGCAAACACAAAUAUACCUUGUGGAGAAUACAGGCUUAUUAGCUGAAGUGGAGGAAAGGAUGGAGGUAGAUGUGUCAGGGAUGGUGUUGCCUUUAUCUGUAUAUGUGACUCCUAGGGUUUUUUUGUUGUUUUUUUUUAAUUGAUUUAUUUAAAAUAAAUUCUGUGGAUUUUGCUUCUGUGCUCUGA